GACCUAGGCUAGACUAACAUCCACGAUCGAUGCGUAAACCGGUUAACCCAUCGUGUCGUCUUUUUUCUUAUUAAAAAAAAUCAAAUUUUGACUGUCACUUCCUAGAAAUAGUGUAAGAAAUGAUUUCGUUUAAAAUCUACAAUGGAGUCAGACAUUUCUGUACAAAACUCGAUAACAUUGCUAACCUCGUCAAGAAGAACAAGGUAGUCGUAUUCAUGAAGGGUGUUCCAGAUGAACCUAGAUGUGGUUUUAGUAAUGCUGUGGUACAAAUAUUAAGAAUGCACAACGUAAAAUACGAUGCUCACGACGUACUUAAGGAUGAAAACCUCAGGCAAAAUAUCAAGGAUUAUUCUAACUGGCCAACGAUACCUCAAGUAUUCAUAAACGGUGAAUUCGUGGGCGGAUGCGAUAUACUUUUAGAAAUGCACAGAAACGGAGAGCUCAUAGAGGAAUUGAAGAAAGUUGGCAUCACGAGUGCUCUUCUAGAUAAAGGAGAAACCAAAGAAAAGAAAUCCGAUUAACCAUUCACAUACGAGAGUUUAGUUUGUUCAUAAUCUUGUAAAUAAAAUGAUUGAUGUUGAUGGUUGUUUUUUGUUGUAAUAAAGCUUUUGACAGUA